GUCACAGACUCAGGUGUACACACGUCCAGUCCUACGCAGCCAUUCUUGAGUCGAAGAGUUUCCCCCAGCCUAGGCCAUGGAGAGUGGAAACUUCAAACUCAAGAGGAAAGUUCCAUUGAGUUAGAUGUAUUGUUAUUGAGAAGUAAGAGACCAGACCAAACCAGUUUAUGCAAAGAUUUGCGCUGUAAUAUCGAGUGUACAAGCAGGCCUGACUGACUUUGCAUGCACCGCAGUUUGUCAGCCUUUGGGUAAUCCUGUUAUUAUUAUUAUCCUCCUCCAUAAUCUUCGCUGCUCAUCUUAGUUCACACCGCGUGGCAUCGACGAAGGGAAAUCAGUGAAUGAAGUACAAGUAGAAUCAUUUUCAUAAGGUCUACUGGAGAAAUGCGAUCAAAAUGGACUCGAGUAACUCGACUUCAGUAAGGGAAAAGAAUGAGCUGCCGUAUCCGGUAGUUGCAUCCGCUUGGGACACGUCCCAGACAGACUCGGAAUGCGUUGGCACAGCGCAUAUCGUGGUAGUUGGUGACCUGGGAGUGGGCAAGACCAGCAUUCUACUUCGCUUCAUGGAGAACAGGUUCAUUUCCGACCAUGAGCCAACGAUUGGAGUUGACUUCCGCGAGAAAGUGGUCGAAUGCGAUGCAGUCGCAGUCAAUGUGGUCUUGGUGGAUACUGCAGGGCAGGAGAGGUAUUACGCCUUGACGAAGUCCUUCUAUCGGUCGGCGUCGGGUGUUAUGCUGGUGUUUGACCAGUCGUGCGAGGAGAGCUUCUCUCACAUCCCAGAUUGGCUGCAGCGCACUAGAGAGGCAUCGUUCGUGGCCGACCUGCCGUGUUUGCUGAUUGGCAACAAGGCAGACUUGCCGGACGAGCAGCGGGUGAUAUCGCACGAGCGUGCUGAAAAGCUAGCCAAGACGCUGGGCUUGAGCUACGUGGAGACCAGCGCUGCCACCGGCGACGGGAUCGUGCCCAGCAUUCUCUGGCUGGUCAGAGAUGUGCUGCGGAGCAUGCCCACAGGUGACGGCUUGGACGACGUUGACACAAAACUGCUGGCAGGCAUGCCCACAAGAGGCAAGCCCAAGCGUCCGGAUAAUCAAUAUUCAUGGAGAACCUGCAGCUGCUGAUCUGGCAGGGGGAGCUCUCUCCUCCACGUAUGCAGAACAUGUGUGUGAAAGAAAUGCUGAUAAGUGGCCAGUGAUGUAUUCCAGUGGCACCAGCAACUAACUCAUACACACGUGGUUGGCAUGGCAUUGUGUAGGCCAGUAACUGGUGGCUGGUGCAAAGCAUUCUGCUCAGUGCUCCGCUGAAAUCGUGUCGGUUGUGGCCGAUGCAGGAAUCAGAAAACCCGGCCGGCUGCGUAAGCUUCACUUGGAGCUGAACCGUAUGUGAUAAGCACACUGGAAUGAUGGCAUGUUCACUCAAAGUUUGACAGUAGUAUGGGAUUAUGAGCUAUUCUCUUUGAUGAUGGCAUAACAUUGAUAUACAGUCUGUAUCGGCUAUAGCGUACCCUUUUGAUUUCCGUGAUUUUAUCACUAUAACCGAUGCAUCACUAUAUGCGAUACGACCGAUUUUUAUUUCUUUUUUCCGAUCGACACAUGAAAGGCAAGAAAAUACUUCCAGCAUGGCGUUUUGACAAAUGAGCAUGCUGCAUAGUUGACAGUGCCCGCAUUUCCAUAAAAAAAUUCUGUUAUGUACAUCUACAUGUGUCACUAUCAAAAUAAGCAAUGCGAAGGAAGUAAAAAAAACAGGGCCUUCGAUAUUAUUGCAACAUGUAUUUUAAAUUUAUCACUAUAGACGAUAAUAAUGUAGUGUGUUAUGCAUGUUUUGAUUCUUUGUUGCCAUCAUAAUAUCUGAUAUAUCAUUACAUCCGAUAAUAUUGGUUAUAGUGAUAUUUUAAUAUAGCUAUGAAUAGGAUGAAGGCCGCAGACAUCACGCAACUACGUUACUUGUUCGACAUGUAUUUUACUGU